AGACGGAAGUAAACAUUUAACGUUCGGUGACGUUUGUCAAACGGAUAGUUUUAGAAUUGGAAUAGCAGGUACUUAAGAAGAAAUAGUCCAAGUUGCCAUACAAUAGGAAAAUUGUGUAAUCACUAUCGUUGUGCGUACUGCCCAUAAAUGGAUACAAAUUCUAAAGAAAAUAACGUAGAUGAGCUACACGCUCAGUGUAGUUGCAAGCGACAUAUUCACAAAAGAAUAUCCUUCCGCCUUAGACAACAGGAACGCAUUGUGUUCAAAUCUGGGGAACUAAAUUUUGCGAAAUCACAUAAAAAUAAAUUACGAUUCAUAAUCGACCUGGUUAAAGUUCUUCUUGAAGCUAGAUGGAGGUGGACAAUAUUGUAUUGUACAAUAACCUGUGUUUUAAGUUGGCUUAUUUUCGCUGUCAUAUGGUGGGUCAUAUUAUAUUUGCAUGGAGAUUUAGAAGAUGAACACUUACCGCUAGCCAAAAAUAUUACAGAGUGGAAACCAUGUGUGACCGAAAUAUAUAAUUUCACAUCCAUAUUCUUAUUCAGUAUUGAAGUACAAACAAGUAUCGGGUAUGGAUCUAGGGCGAUUACUUUGGAAUGUCCAGAAGCCAUGUUUACAAUGUGCAUUGAAAGCAUCACAGGGAAAAUAAUUCAAUCCCUGUUCAUAGGAAUUGUUUUCGCUAAAUUAACGAAGCCAAAGAACCGAGCGCAAACAUUGAUGUUUUCAAAAUACGCCAUUAUCAAUCAAAGGGACGGAUAUUUGUGCUUGAUGUUCAGAGUGGGCAACACAAGAAAGUCAAGAAUAAUAGCUUCGACUGUCAACGCGUACCUGAUAAAAUAUAUAACCAAAGAUGGCGUUGAUUUACUCAAUUAUGAUCAGGUAAAGUUGAACAUAAUGGUCGAUAAUUGUGAUGACGUUCUGUUCAUAUUUCCAGUAACUGCUGUGCAUAGAAUAGAUGAAAAUAGCCCUUUCUAUGAUAUCUCCGCUCAGGAAAUCUUGAAGAGUAAUAUAGAAAUAUUAGUAACUUUUGAAGGAACGAUUGAAUCAACGGGACAACCACUUCAAGCAAAAUCGAGCUACACUGGCACUGAAAUACUCUGGGGAAGGCGAUUCAUAGAACCCUACUUUUAUAAAAACAACAAACAAGGUUUUGUUAUAGACUUUUGCAAAUUCGACGAGACCUAUCGCGUCAAUACCCCACUUUGCACAGGACAAGAACUUAUAAAUUAUUAUAGAAAUAGAAAACUAAGGAAAAUACCAUUCAAUAGUCAAUACACAUCGACAAAUACCUUUUAGUCGCCAGAUCGUAUAGUUUUCCGUUUUAAAUGUGGGUGUAGUACAAGAAUAAUUUUCCGUAAUUCCAUCACACCUUCAUAAAUAAUCUUCAGCGCAGUCAUAUUCAAUUCCAAUGUAGAAAGUUUCAUUUUUAUGAUCAGUAUUAAAUUUGAACAUACAUUUAUAUCUUGAUCUAAUUUUUGAAGUUUCCUUUUGUUAACGUGCAUGCAUUGUUCAAGAAAACUUUUCGUAGACAUUUCUUUCAAUAAACUUGGUUUAAUUACACACAACCUUAUUUAUCUUAGCUCUUUAUAAAACUGGAAUACAUUUUAUUAUAAUGGCCUAGUUUUAAGAAUUCUUGAAAUUAGUGUGUCAGGCUGCUCUUAUAUUACUAAAUGUGGUGACAAUUUGCAAUAUGCUGUUAUCUUGCUUUUCGAUAAGCGGCGAGGUAAAAGAUUCUAUGAUAACGAUACUUGCUUAUAAAUUUAUUUUGUGUUUUAAUUAAAACAAAAAUGUAA